AUGUCCAACUAUCUACCACCCCGCUUAUCUUGCCUUCUAUGCAAGGGAAAGAAGCAAAGUUGUGACCGCGCACUCCCAAAAUGUAGCCGAUGUUCAAGGCAGGGCUACGACUGCAGCUACCCCGAUAAGAGAAAGCCGACAACAGGCAGACGCAAGCAGGCUCGUGAUCUCGAGACCAAGUUAAUGCUGUUGGAGGCUCGAAUCGACAAAUGUUACCCACAGGAUGGCCAUGCAUCAGGCUCGGAAAUGAAACCCGGCGCCGGAGAAGGAUUGCUGUCGCAAUCUCCCGGCACUUACCUCGUAGUAGAUGAUGAAAGCCCAUUGCCUCAUAACGAUCAACAAGACAGUUCUACCACCGACGGUGCUCUACAUCUACAGUUGAACAAGCCCACAACAGUUGACUCCAUCAUUGGCAACCCUAUCCCGACUCCCGAAAUGUUGAAUCUGUAUUUUGAAAAACUACAUCACGCAACACCUAUGAUUCAUCGCUCGCGCUACGAAGAGUGUGUCGGGUCCUCUGGGGCAGACCAUCCGCCCAAGUGCUUACACUACAUCAUUUGCGCAUUAGGAGCAGACUGCAUACCAACUUACCAAUCUUUAUCUACACCGCUGUAUCGACAGGCCAGGGAUGAAGGCAAGAGCUCUUUUGACCUGGCUCAUCUCCAGACCUGGCUGCUAGUAGCAAACUUCGAGGCGCGCAAAGGUCUUUUCUCCCGAGCAGCUAUCAGCUUGGCCCGGAGUAUCCGUAUGGCCCAGAUGCUGAAUCUUAAUCGGGACGAAAGAAACGACACGGAAAACCUCCCUCCCCGUGGUUUCGGGUCUCGUCAAGACUGGAUCAUACUGGAAGAGUGUCGCAGGACUUGGUGGUGUUUGUACGUUUCCGACCGACUUCUCUUCGUUACCUCAGGCCUGCCUUCAGUCAUUGAUAGUACACAGGUACAGGUAUCUCUCCCAGCUUCUGAACAGGCCUUUGAGAGUGGAUGUCCUGAGGAAACAGCGACAUUGCAAGGCGCGUUGCACCAUCAAGAUAGGGCAUGUUCAGUCUUGGCCUUGAGAGUAAUAGCAGCAUCCCUUUUUUAUCGUGCUGUCCGCAUUUCCGACUCGAAAAGAACGGAUGAAGAGUACAGCAACGCGAAUGAUAAAGCCUACUGGGAAUGCCAUAAGGUUAUCAAGAACGAUCUUAUCACCUUACAAACAGCUUUUUCUAGAAGCUUUCGGCUACCGGAUGGCCUCAAAUGCCAACAAUCUGUUUUUGUAUAUGUCCUAAUACAGAUGACUAUACUUUCUCUCUACAAUUCAACAAUGCAGAUCGUUCAUGGCGGUAACGAACGCAGCCAAUCUGAUUUGGCUACUGAAAGCUGCGAGUACAUCGGGGAUGCAGUAUCGAACAUUGUCGAGGUCUUCAAGUCGAUGAGGAAUGAUGCCGAUGUGGCCCUAAAUAAUCCCAUACUUAACUAUGCUGCAUAUACAGCCGCCUUGCUGUUACUCUCUGGCGUAGGAAUUGGUAAAGAUGAGGCGUCAAAGGUCUCCGAUGCUAUUUAUCUGCAGCAACAUUUACAGCAAGCUGGUGUAACUCAACCUAUCGCGUAUUCUUUGGGUCAACAGUUAAAAGAAAAGCUUGCGGGGAGAGCCGACUUGACAGUCUACCGCUUGUAA